AUGAGCCAUUUUGUGACUCUUCAUGUUUUCGAUGUCAAACUUCAGCCGACAGAAAUGGAUACCCUGGAUCUGUUGAGGAAUUGUUUGGUGUGCAAAUGGGACCUGCGGAAGAGAGAGCCCAGAAUGCUACCUUGCCUUCAUUCCUUCUGUAAGGACUGUCUUCCGGAUUUGAUUCAAGGAUAUAGCUGUAUUCCCACUGAAUAUGAAGUUCUAUACGAAGGUAUCCUUUCCUGCCCUGUGUGCAAACAGACCUGCUUUGCAAGGAAUGUAGUUGAAAAUUUCUUUCUUAAGGACUUUGCCACUGGUAAUUCAGCUAUGGCAAAGUGCUGCUCCACAUGUAAAGAGAAGAGACCCGCUCACAGUCUCUGUACAAGCUGCAAUAAGUGGUUAUGCAGCUCAUGUACAGAGGAACACAGGCAUGGCAAGGAAACUGGAGACCGCUUCUUCUCUGUAUCCCUGAAGGGCUGCACAGCAACUGAAGAUGAAGGAAGUGAGUUUUCCUUAUUUUGUCCAGUGCACACUCAAGAGCCCCUCAAGCUGUUUUGUGAGACCUGUGAUAUCCUUACAUGCCGCAGCUGCCUUCUGACAGAGCAUAAGGAACACAGGUUCAGACAUCUUGAUGAAGCUUUGCAAAAUCAGAGACUUAUCCUGGAAAAUGUCAUAACUAAAGUGGAAGAGAAAAAAAAUGGGAUUCAGGUUUCAGCUAAACAGAUUGAAGACAGGUUGCUUGAAGUAAAACAUUUAUACAAAAAGGUAGAAAAUCAAAUAAAAAUGGCCAAGAUGGUUUUGAUGAAUGAAAUCAAUAAACGAACAAACAUCCUUCUUGAACAACUUGAAAAAAUCACCAGUGAAAGGAAGCAGAAAUUGGAGCAACAAAUGCAAGGUGUUGUGGUUUUAAGCAGACAGGUAGAACAUGUACAGAACUUCAUCAGCUGGGCAGUGUGCAGUAAAAACGGCAUCCCAUUUCUCUUCAGUAAAGAACUGAUUGUAUUUCAGAUCCAGCGCUUGUUAGAGACAAACUGUAACACAGACAUAGGCCCUCCUCUGAAGAUCAGAUUUACUUGGGAUCCCUCCUACUGGACUAAACAACUGUCCAAUUUGGGUGGUUUCACUAUGGAAGGUGGACAGGUUUCUCACUCAGAUGUGCUACUCUGCGGAAAUGUGCAAGGAUUACAGACCUCCUCGUAUCAUGGGCACCGUUCACCAGCAACACAGCUGGAGCCUGUGAAUAGCCAGCCACAUCAGUUUCCACCUGCAGUUCAGUGUCCUACGCCUGUGUGUUGCUCACACUGCCUCAGCACACCUCACGCAAACAAAGCUCAGCCUUCUUACCAAGACAUAAACCGCCAUCAAAAUUUUCGACAACCUCCUGAACUGCAUCAGCAGCACUUUCCUCUGCAGUACGCCAUGCAGCAACGUGACAAAGACCAAAGGGGUGCCCCCCAGCCUAUGAAGCUAACACAGUCUGGGCUGGAACAGCAGUCACGGUCAGAGCCAGAGUAUGAGUCCGGGAGGAUGGGAAAGCACUUACCAUCCCAGCAGCUGCAGCAAACUGCACCCCUGGGUUAUGCUGUUGUAUCACAUGAGGCUCAGCAAGUUCGCACGAGCCAUCCGCAGCAAUUCCGCGCACAGGCUUCUUUGCAGACAUCAACUGUGCAAGUGCAACUUGGUCAUCUCCAGAAGAUAAAAUCUAACCACUUGCAGCAGCCACCACAGCAGCAGCAGCUGCCACCAGCAUCACCACCAUCAGGUCAGAAUGAGAACACUCACAAACAAGUCAUCCAGCAGAGCCUGGACAUAAUGCACCACCAGUUUGAGCUGGAGGAGAUGAAAAAGGAUCUGGAGCUUCUUCUGCAGGCCCAGGGACAGUCCAGCUUGCAGCUGAACCAAGCUAAGACACCUCAGCAUGUUCAACAGACCAUAGUUGGUCAAAUCAACUACAUAGUGAGGCAGCCAGCCCCAGUUCAGCAACAAAUCCAAGAUGAAGCACAAGUCUGUGAGAGUUCCACUGAACCUGAUGCCCAGAAACCUGACAGAAGUGAUAGUCCCUCCCUGGCACAGUUACUAGAUGAAGAAGCCAGUGUGAGCGGUCACUCCGCUGAGAGCACAUUGCAACAAUCAGCUUUCCACCCAGUAAGGAAGCAUUCAGCAUCCUUAAACAUUGUGGGCUUUUCAGACGGUUUAGAAAUGGAAUUACCUUCCACAAGGUUAUCUAGCUUGGCCGAUCCACAGACGCAAGGUGCAGCUGCUGUAACACUUGGCCCGUCCCCAAAUGUGCUUUGUGACUGUGAUACUCCACCAGAGUCGGUGUCCAGCUAUAGCUUGGCGUUGGGCAGAACUCCAAGUGACCUGAACCCUGGGGCUGCCACUGGCCUUGCACCAGGUGAUGCACUCCAGGGCAGCACAAAGUGCAAGCUGGAAAAUGAAGACUUCAAUACUGUAGAUCAUCCUCUAGAAAACAGCUUGGCUACUGCUGGGCAAGAUGUAGUUAAUGAAUUAACUCUUUCUAUGCAAAAAGUGCUGGAAGAACCUAUUAAUCUUUCAAUCAAAAAAUCUCAACGUUGCACUUCUCCUUCUGAGCUGCUCAGCAACACUUCUUUCCUGCCUGUGAAUGCCAGAAUGAGACAAUUUAGAAGCAAAGAAGAUUCCAGUAACUGUGAAAAGGAACAUUUUGAAAUGGAUAUGAAAAGCAAUCAGGAUGUCAGAGCUGGCCCUAAGGAGCAGAAGAUCCCCUACGUGCGACUAGAACGUCUGAAAAUAUGUACAUCAGAAGCGGGGGAGCUCCCAGUGUUUAAGCUCCAGCCACAGGACAAUGAGCAGGAGGGCAAUUUCCUCCUGAUAACUGAAUGUGGGACCCAGUCUUCAAGUAUGUCGAUAAAGAUAAAUAAAGAUGGUCCACCUGAAGGACUGAAAUCCAAAGAGAAGAACUCAGAGGACAGAAAAUUUCUCAUAUCCCAGGCUGCAGGACAGACACAGUCUCCUCCUGUAGAUAAUCUGUCUGUUGAUCAGAAGCUCAGCAAUGGCAUCUCCACCAUGAAAAAACCUCCAGUUACUCAGGAAGUCAAUCCAAUUGAAAAUGAGGAUUUCUGUGCUGUGUGUCUUAAUGGAGGAGAACUGUUGUGCUGUGAUCACUGCCCCAAGGUCUUCCAUCUCUCCUGCCAUGUUCCAGCCCUGCUCAGCUUUCCAGUGGGAGAGUGGGUGUGCACGCUUUGCCGUAAUCCAGUGAAGCCGGAGGUAGAAUAUGACUGUGAAAACACACGCUACAGCCAGAGCUAUAAUGCGCAAUAUGGCCUUGAUGACUUUGACCAGAAGAAGUGUGAAAAGCUGGUGCUUUCCCUGUUCUGCAGUAGCAUGAGCCUCCCAUUCCAUGAACCCGUCAGCCCCCUGGCUCGGCAUUAUUAUCAGAUCAUCAAAAGGCCAAUGGAUUUGUCAAUCAUACGAAACAAGCUGCAAAAAAAGGACAAGUCCCACUAUUCUGCACCUGAGGAACUUGUGACUGACGUGCGUCUCAUGUUUUGGAACUGUGCAAAGUUCAAUUAUCCAGAUUCAGAGGUUGCUGAGGCUGGACGAUGCCUAGAUGUAUUCUUUGAGGGCAAACUGAAGGAGAUUUAUCCAGAUAGGCAUUUUCCUUCAAUGCAACAAGAAGACUCUGAUUCUGAAGAAGUGGAGAGUCAGAAUAGCAAAAUGCCCCCCCAAGAUUUUCAGUGGCCAUCAUAUGGACAGGACUGCAUUCAGCCUAAAAGGAGACGGCGCCAUGCUGGAAGUGAAAAAACUAAAAAAAUGUUUCAGCCAGCUAACAGCCUUCCUCAGGUAUGA